AUGGCCGCUUUUGGGCCCGAAACUGGAUGCUCCGCGGAUGCCUCUGGAAAGUUCGUCUGCGCCACCGCAGAUUGUGCCUCUGGUCAGGUCUCGUGCAACGGUAACGGUGCCAUUCCGCCGGCAACUUUAGCGGAAUUGAAUAUUGUAGCAGGCGGAGGACAAGAUUACUACGACGUUAGUCUUGUUGAUGGCUUCAACUUGCCCAUGUCUGUGACUCCACAAGGCGGUACCGGCACCUGCAAGACGGGUAGUUGCCCGAUGGACGUGAACACAGACUACUACAUUUUAUACUUUGCGCGACGAAGAGAAUUUCGUCGCGCAAAAUAUAUUGUAGUCACACAAAUUUUAGCGCGACAAAAACUUUGUCGCGCAGAAUCCGUCGCGCAAAGAUCGUGA